AUGGAAGAAGGCGUUCCUAGAAGCAGUAUCCCAACACAUACCAUCAGUGAGAGUAAAGGGUCGCAACUAUGUACCGUGGAUGAAUUCUACAAUUCUACACAACAUCAAGAAGAAAAACUCUCUCCGCCUCAGAAUUAAGAAAUCCCCUACACCUACUGAAUAUCUCCUGGAAAAAUUCAAAACCCUUCGUAGUUCCAUCAAGAGUAUGUUACGUAACAGUCGCUCCAAAUAUUUCGACUCUAUUUGUUCCAGUCGUGGACUUAAUCCCAAACGCUUCUGGUCCCUGUUCAAGUUCAAUAAUAAGACACGGAACAUUCCUCAGACAAAAGCUCUCGGUGAAAGUAACUGAAACCAAAAGAACAUCCGCAGGAAAUCCAGCAGAUAUUGCUGCGCUGUUCAACAACUACUUCACAUCUAUAUUUACCACCGAUCCAAAUAUCGAAAACUACAGCUCUGACGCUCUUCCAUAUCAGUCUAACAAUACUAUCAUCGAGGACAUUACCCUUUCGGAAGCCGAUGUUUUCUCCGUAUUGCAUAACCUCGACAUUAACAAAGCCCAAGGUCCAGAUGGGAUUCCUGCACGAUUAUUAAAAGAAACAGCUCGCCAAAUUGCUCCAUCACUAACCGCCUUGUUUAAUAAAUCUCUGAACACUGGUGUGUUACCACGCGACUGGAAACUAGCAAAUGUUGUUCCCGUUCACAAAAAAGACAACAAAGAGCACGUAGAAAACUAUCGACCAAUUUCGCUUCUUUCGCUUAUCUCGAAAGCAUUGGAAAGAUGCGUGUUCAAUAAGAUCAAAGACCACGUUUUCGAACAGAUUAACAAUGGUCAACAUGGCUUUGUUCCUCGGAAGUCCUGUGUUACACAGCUCAUUGAAGUUUUUGAGUAUAUUGGUCGUGAGCUGGAUCUUGGGAAACAAGUUGAUGUGAUCUACUUGGAUAUGUCCAAGGCGUUUGAUCGAGUAAGUCACAUGCAACUGUUGAAACGACUUCGUGAUUUUGGAUUCGGUGGCAAUAUUCUUAACUGGUUUAGAUCUUACCUCAAGGACCGUCGGCAGCAGACUACAGUACUUGGUGCAACAUCAUCAGCACUACCAGUAACCUCCGGAGUUCCACAAGGCUCAAUCCUUGGACCGCUGCUGUUCCUAUUAUAUCAGAAUAAUCUCCCCAACUCCAUCAACCACUCGAAGAUCGCGACGUUUGCUGACGACACAAAGAUUUACAAGGUGAUAAACGCGAAGGCUGAUGCAUCCGCUAUGGAGAAUGAUCUUGCGAAUUUCCAAACCUCCUCUGCCAAUGCUAAUCUUCUCCUCAACACAGAUAAAUGUAAGACACUUCGAAUUACUAGAAAACGCAACAAAAUCGACCAUACUUACAAGUUGCAAGAUUCCGCUCUGAAAACCACAGAUUGCGAACGUGACCUUGGCGUCUGGACCUCCUCCACUCUCACAUGGUCGAAACAAGUCCUCCACCAGUGCGCCCAAGCCAACAAAUCCCUCGGGUAUAUUCGACGGUCCACGAUCAAAAUCAAGACCAUCUCUGUUCGUCGGACUCUAUAUCUUACCCUCGUUCGUUCCCACCUCGCAUACGCGUCCCAAGUUUGGGCUCCACAAACUGUUGACCUCAUUAAGCGUACAGAACGCGUUCAACGACGUGCGUCGAAGUACAUAUUGAACCUACCGUUCUUCUGUGACAUCAACUAUAACCAUCGUCUCUCAACAUUAAAUCUACUACCUCUGUGUUACUGGCACGAGUACCUAGACAUAUUGUUCCUUUUCAAAUCACACCAUGACAUUAUUAACCUAAGCAGCGACAUACUACCUCACCCUCAAAAUUCAAGUCAACGUACCCGAUCUACAAACCCUAACUGCCUACAAUUUCAGACUUCAGCAUGCAAAACAUCUACCUAUCAAAAAUCAUAUCUAAUAAGGACUACUAGAGUCUGGAACACGCUGCCAAUGGAUUUAACUAUUAAUAGCAUGGCAACUUUAAAGGACUUUAAAAAUAAGUUAUUAAUCUAUUAUAAAACAGCACUAGAUAAAUGUUAUGACGUUGACGAUCCACGAACAUGGAAAUCGGUUUGCUUAAAAUGCAACCAAGCUCGCGACCUGACAAGGCCGAUAAAGUGUUGUUUUUAG